AUGCUUAUAAAUUAUCGUAUUUUGUUAUCCCAUCAUGUUUCAAAAAAUAUCCAAAAACACACCUUUCCUAAAUAUUUCAAAAAUGGAAAAUUUGUAUCAUACUUCUCUAAAUUUAAUUACACCUAUAACGAAAUCUUCAAGUUAACUGAGAAUAACACAUUAAAGUUCAAUAAAUCAAAUUAUGUUACACAUUGCAAGGAGGAUGAUUAUGGCUAUUUCGGUUUAAAAGUUAAAAACCCUUUAGAUUUGUUAAAGUUGACCAAUGAUUCCAUUAAUUAUUCUCAAUCACUAGUCAACAACCUAGUAAAUUUCCCCGGAAACAAAAUUAACAAAGAACAACGAGAUCAAAAAGACUACGAGAAUGAGAAUAAUAAGGUUUUAGAGGUAAUAGACGAUAUAUCAAACGUCUUAUGCUCAAUAGCUGAUCCCUGCGAAUUAUUAAGACAUGUACAUCCCGAUGAAGAAUGGCGUAAAAUGUCAAAUACGUGCAUAGAAUUGAUUUCAGAGUUUAUUAUUAAUAUCAACGUUAACGAAAAUAUCUACAAGUUGUUGAUAGAGAAUUUAAAGGAGAAUUUAACCAAUGAAGAGAGUUUUGUACUAAAACAUAUGAUCAGGUCCAUGGAACAACAGGGAGUACAUCUAUCAAAAGAGUCUAAAAUGAAAUAUAAGGAGUUGAUUACAAAGGAACAGAUGUUAGCAUUUUCUAUAGUAGAGGGCAAUACCUUUAAAUUUCAAUUAGGAAAUUUGACCGAUAAUGAUCCACUAGAGAAAAUACCCAAAGAUGAAAAUAUAUACAACUAUUUACUUAAAAAUUCUAAUCAGGAUGGUUUGAGGAAGUCAAUUUGGUUUUCACAAAGGAUCAGUAAUCAAAGUUUGUACAAAAAGAUGAAAGAGUUGCAUAAAAUUAGGACUGAAUUAUCAAAAUUAAGAGGAUAUGAUAACUACCUAAAUUAUAUUCAGCAGGAGUGUAUCUUGAGUAAUACAAAUGAUGUGUACGAAUUUUUAAUCAACUGUUCAAAGCUAUUGAAGCCCUAUCUCCUUAAUGAUCUUGAACGAUUAUUACAAUAUAAGAAAUUAAUUCAUGAAAACAAAUCGGAACAAGAAGAGGAUAAUUUAGAACAAAAACUACACCCCUGGGAUGUGGAAUAUUUGAUUAAGAUGUCCAGAAAUGAAAGAAAUGUAAACAUCUCACUGCUCUCACUGAUUACCUACUUUAACAUUUUAUUAAACAAAUUGUUCAAAAUUACCAUUCACCCCUCUGAAUCAAAAGAAUCAAUCUAUGAUGAGAAUGUGAUAAAGUAUAAUUUAAUAAAGGAUGGAAAGGUGAUUUCAAGCUUAUAUUUGGAUUUGUUCGAGAGGUUAAACAAGCAUAACAUCUCAGCCCAGUUUACAAUCCGAUGUUCAAAGAAAAUUAACACAAAAAACAAUAAUAGUCUAUACAUUUUAAAUUUGAUACACGAAAAUAACUUUGUUAACCAAGGAUCUUAUAUUAAACAAUUGCCUUCAUCAAUUAUAGUACUAUCAUUACACAAUGAUGAUAAGAAAAGUAACGUGAAAGAAAUAUUGAAAAGUACAAAAAUUGAUAUAUAUAACGGCGAAAUUAUAUUCCAUGAAUUGGGACAUAUUGUGCAUACUCUUCUAAGUGAUACACAUUAUCAACAUUUGUCAGGUACAAUUAUAUUUUAUUUUAUCUACAAUGUUCUCAAUGAAAUCGUGGCCCUAUUGACUACGCGGAAUUCUCGUCACACCUAUUUGAGUUAUUUUACUCAAACUGUAGAUUUGGAUGAUAUAAUAUAUAUCGACAAGAAUAUUAAUGAAUACGAUAAGGGUAAUUUGCUGAUAAAUAAGGGGGGAUUAACAGUUUUUGGAAAUGAAUAUAAGCUGUUUAACUCAAUAGAUAUGUCAAAGGUUUUACUUUUGUCAAUUAUUGAUCAGUGGUUUUAUGGAACGGAAGAAGACUGGUACACUAUUGAGAAAAACAUUAAUUAUGACAUUAUUUUUAAAGAUUUUGACAUGUUCAAUGAAAAAUUCAAUGAUUACCAGAUCUAUCAACUCUUGUCGCCGAAUUGUAUCACCAAUUUUGAUCACCUAAUACACUACGGAGGGAAUUAUUACUGUUAUCUUUACUCAAAGAUUCUAUCACUAAAAGUGUUUAAGAAGUUUAAUGGCUUAGAGUUUGAACAAGUUGGAAACCGUCUACUAACAUUUUUCCAAAAUGGCUCAAUUGAUUCCAGUAUUAAUCCAAUUAAUAAAUUGGCGAAUACUGAUUUAAACAAGAUCUCAGACUGUUGUGAUGUAUUAUUAGAGGUGACCAGGUAUCUUAAUUUUCUAAAUCUUUUAAGAUUCCAGUAA